AUGUCGCAGCUUGAACAGCUACAAGUGAAUUACGAUCGAGUGGCGAAAGAAAGGGACGAUUUCGCAGGCCAGGUUUCCACACUUUCAUCCCAAAGAUUGCAAGCGGAAUUAGAUCAAAUUGCUCUAAAUCGUGAUGCAAAGGAAGAGGUGAAGUCGUUAACUGGCGAUCUUACCAAGGAAAUAAGUCGAUUGAGCGAACAUUGCCCGAUUGAAAAACCAAUCAGGCGCAGUAAAGAAGCAUUGGAGGUGAACAAGGAUAUUCUCGAGUCACAAGAAGGAACUUUAUCAAUCCAACUAAACGACGAAUCUUACGCAAUUAUUCAACAAAGCGGCGAAACGGGGAACGCUAACCUAAGAUUACGAGAACACCAAGAUUCUAUUACACGCCAACAAGAGAUUGGACAGAUUCAGGAGGAACUCGAAGAUGUUAAGAUACAGCGAUCGGAGAUACGCAAUGACCAAGGACGUAAAGUAUAUGAAGUGGACGCGCCCCGAAGAAUGAAUAUAAAACCACAAGCAAUGCAACAAUAUCUGCCGAGUCAAUCGCAAAACUUUGUUGAUUCUUAA